AUUUAGUUUUUCUAUAGUUCUUGUACCGGUUGUUGGUCAAAAUUUAAUAGUUGUUUCACUAAAGCAAAAAUCAUCAUGAUGUGUUUCAAAGCCAUCUUGUUGGUAUCCGCUAUUGUGUGUUUGAUAAACGCCGAAUAUAUACCACUGAAAGAACGAAUUUUCAAAUGCAAACUCAUCCCGUUUAAAAAACAUCAUUCUAUAUUCGAUGGUAUUAUCCCGUCGAUCAUUACUUCUCCAGCCGAUCCUGCUGUUCCUGACGAGUAUACCGUUCCCGCGGGAGGCACUACAUUUGGUACAGAUCCGGUACCGGUUCCUACCGCUGAAGUACCUGUAGAACCGCACCGAGAAGUGCAGAACCCACCACCGCAGGAAGUACAGCAUCCACCACAACCGGAUGUCCAUUAUCCACCCCAACCGGAUGUCCAGUAUCCACCCCAACCGGAAGUCCAGUACCCUGUGCCGCAGCAAGAGGGACAGCCCCCUGUAGCGCCACAACAGGAAGUGCAGAAUACACCACUGCAACAACCUCUGUAUCCACCGCAACACGAGGGCCAGCGCCCUGCACAACCCAAUGUAGAGCAGAUCCUUCCAUCGUCAAACGAAGGGCUGUAUCCACCGCAACAUAACGGGCAAUAUUAUCAACUGCAAAACACGGGGAUGUAUUAUCCGCCUCCGAACUACCAGGGUUUUAUUACCAACAACGUCCCAUAUAACUACCCCGUCUAUGGGCAAAACAUACUGAGAUCCGUGAAAUCUCUCGACGGCCAAACAUAUCCGCUCCACCAACGUCCGUACAGAGUAAAUAUGUUUAUUAGACAGCCGAACCCAUACUACAACGCUCCACAAGUGUAUGGUCAGUACGCUGCUCCACAAUAUAACUAUGUACCACAAAUGCCGAGAACAGCUCAAGCCCUCACUGGAAAAAAAUCAAAAUCCCCUUGAUUAAGUUUUAUACUUACAUUACGUCCGUUCUUAUCAUUAUUAUUAUGACACUUACUGUAGCUUUUAGUAUUUAUUAUGAAGCGCAUGAUAGUUAAAUUGAAGAAAUAAAGAAGUGUUUCAAUUAUCA